AUGGACCGAAGGAGGAGUCGUCUUCAUCAUACAGUGAUCAUAACCGACACAGACCAUGCGGACAACAUUGCCGUCACCACAGAGGAGACACAUCAAGCUCAAGAAAUGCUGGCAUCAGUGGAAAUUGAGGCAGCGAUAAUCGGAUUACACCUUAACUCUAAGAAGACGGAAGUGAUACAUUUCAACCAGGGAGGAGUAACAACCAUCAAGGCAAAGAAUGGCGAGGAAAUAAAAUCUGUGGACAGUUUCGAAUUUCUCGGUGGAUGGCUUGAAAGCUUUGCAAAAGAGAUUUUGAAGUCAGAAAGGCUCUGGCAUGAUCAGCUUGUCACAGGUUGA